CUAGAGGGCUAUGACGUUACAGUGUACAGGCAAUGAGAGAUAUGCACAGGUUAUAGAAUCAUAGCCACACAGCUGUAGGAACAUGCACACUGGGUGUUACAAGGAACAGGCUGUGUAGACAGGCACUCAGCUGGCUGGAGGAACAGGCUGAGUUCAUAGGCACACUCUGAGCUCUGGAGAAACAGGCUGUGUGGACAGGCACAGAAACAGGCUGUGUGGACAAAUACAGAAACAGGUUGUGUUGACAGGCACACACAGCUUGCUGGAGAUCACACUGGACACGGAUCAGAGACAGGUUGUGCGGACAGGUACAGAAACAGUCUGUGUGUACAGGCACAGGUACAGGCUGUGUGGACACUAGAGGCACACCACCCAGCUGGCUAACAGGCUCCGCGGAGUAAUUCCUGUUGACCCCUGUCCUCAGCCUCGUUUUGGUUCAAGAGGGUUCGAACCCAGAACCUCGCGUCCCGCUGGCCAGCAGGAACUAACUAAAAACCUCCAGCAAACUCUCUCCUAACUUCCAACAACAACCAUGUCUAACGACCUGAGCAACCGCUUCUCCGUCAUCCAGCCGGACAUGCUGGACGAACUCCGGCAGAGCUUCAGCGAGAUCGACCUGGACGGCAGCGGGUCCAUCUCCACCAGCGAGCUGGGCGCGCUGUUCCGGGCGUGCGGCGAGGACCUGCCCGGAUACAGGCUCCGGGAGCUCACCAAGGAACUCGACAAGAACCGAAAUGGCACCAUCGACUUCGAGGAGUUUGUCACGGUGUAUGCGGACAUGAAGUCCAGCCAUAUUGCCCAUUCCUUUAAGAAGGCGGUGGCUACAAAACAGGGGAUUGUGAAGAAGGGAGGCAUGUCCGGGGUGUCGGUGGAGGGCACCACACAUUCCUACUCGGAGGAAGAGAAAACAGCCUUCGCAGACUGGAUCAGCAGUAACCUGGCCGAUGACGCGGACUGUAAGCCCUACUUGGACAUCGAUGUCAACACAGACGAGCUGUGGACCAAAAUCCAAGACGGCAUUCUUCUUUGCAAAAUGAUCAACCUGUCGUGCCCGGACACCAUUGACGAGCGUGCAAUCAACAAGACCAAACUGAACCAGUACAAGAUCACAGAGAACCUGAACUUGGCGCUGAACUCUGCCAGCGCCAUCGGCUGUAACAUUGUGAACAUCGGAGCGGUGGACCUGCAGGAGGGCAAGCCUCACCUGGUGCUGGGGCUGCUGUGGCAGAUCAUCAGGAUCGGGCUGUUCGCUCAGAUCGACCUGCAGCACAACCCAGGACUUGUGCAGCUGCUCAUGGAUGGGGAGGAUAUGGAAGACUUACUGAAGCUGUCCCCAGAGGAACUGUUACUGCGCUGGGUCAACUAUCACCUGGAGAAGGCAGGGCACAACAAGAGGAUCACCAACUUUGGACCUGACAUUAAGGACUCAGAGGCCUACACGUAUCUGCUGAGUCAAAUUGCCCCUCCUGACAGAGGAGUUGAUCUUGGACCUCUGAACGAGAACGACCCAGAACAACGUGCUGAACUCAUGCUGCAGAACGCAGACAAACUGGACUGUAGGGCCUUUGUGACACCUAAGGAUGUUGUUCGGGGGAACUCCAAGCUGAACACAGCCUUUGUUGCCAACCUGUUCAACACUUGGCCAGCUCUGGACCUGCCAGAGGACAUGCCGGACAUUGAAGGACUGGAGGAGACACGUGAAGAGAAGACAUUCCGUAACUGGAUGAACAGUUUAGGGGUCAGCCCAUAUGUCAAUCAUCUCUACAAUGACAUGAUGGACGGUCUCAUCCUGUUCCAGACAUACGACAAGGUAAAGCCGGGAGUUGUUGACUGGGGCAGGGUCAACAAGAAGUUCAAAGCUCUGGGAGGAAACAUGAAGAAGAUGGAAAACUGUGAAUAUGCUGUUGAGCUGGGCAAGGACAUGAAGUUCUCUCUGGUUGGUGUCGGUGGCAAGGACAUCUUUGAUGGCAAUGAGACUUUGACACUGGCGGUGGUUUGGCAGCUGAUGCGUGCCUACACCCUGGCCCUGCUGCAGAACCUGAAGGGGUCGGAGGGACCAAUCAAAGACAAGGAGAUUGUUGACUGGGUUAACACCACUCUACAAGAGGCUGGGAAGGAGACGUCUCUCAGCAGCUUCCAGGACCCUGAGAUCAGCAGCAGCAGGGUGGUGCUGGAUCUUAUCGACGCCAUCAAGCCGGGAUCUAUCAACUACACCAACGUUCGUGACGGCACCAAUCCAGACGAGAGGUUGUCCAACGCCAAGUACGCCAUCUCCAUGGCCAGAAAGAUCGGAGCUCGCGUGUACGCCCUGCCGGAAGACCUGGUUGAAGUCAAGCCAAAGAUGGUGUUAACAGUGUUCGCUUGUCUCAUGGGGAGGGGGCUGAAGAAGGUUUAAAAUGGAACCACUCUGGAGGUGUUAACAGUGUUCGCUUGUCUCAUGGGGAGGGGGCUGAAGAAGGUUUAGAAUGGAAACACUCUGGAGGUGUUAACAGUGUUCGCUUGUCUCAUGGGGAGGGGGCUGAAGAAGGUUUAGAAUGGAAACACUCUGGAGGUGUUAACAGUGUUCGCAUGUCUCAUGGGGAGGGGGCUGAAGAAGGUUUAAAAUGGAAACACUCUGGAGAACUGGUCAUUGGCGUGAUAGGAAGUUAAUGCUACGUAACAAUUCACAUCUGCAGGUAGAGGAUUGAUCUGCCUAAGUUGGUCGUUUUCAGUUGUCUUUUUCAAACAUGCAUCCUCAGCCUGGAUUUACAGAAGUGGACUAAAGUGAACUUUGUUCUAAUUCAUGUGCAUUUGCUCUGCCCUGAUAUAUAUGUUUUUUUACUAGACUAUGGCUGGCUUACACACGUUUUAGAGUUCUCAAGUUGACAUAGCCAGAGUCAACUUAGGAGCACUCUGUUCACACAUGGCCACCAAAUGAUUUGUGACAGCGGCAAUUUUGACUCUGUUGUUCCUCGAUGACUCUAGUUGGUUUGAUGACACGCUGAGUUUCUGUAGUAGUCCAUGAUCUAUCAAAGCCUUUAUCCAUGUCUCAGCUGACCAACUUGCACAACAUGUUUACCGAAAGUAACAAAUGAUUUGUUUUGGUGACGAUAACAAAUAAUUUGUGCCCCGUGAACAUUUAAGUGAGCGACUGGGGUCACUUUUCAAAGUCACCCAAGUCGACUCCAGGGAAAGGGUAUUGGAGUACCCUAAAGUUCUGCAUAUAUAGUCCCUUAGUCCUGUCAUUUUACGACAUGUGUGUACACCCAGCCAAUGUCAUGAAUCUGAUAUCCGGGGUGAUUAUAGUAGAGGUUUGAUUUGCAUAAAGGCUUCCACUCAAUGGUACUAGAUGUGAACUUUGAAAAUGAAAAUUCGAAUGUCCCUUUGAAUACUAGAAUAAUUUAAUGCCUUUGUAGGGGAAUGUCUUGUUGAUUACCUGAACGUUUUUAGAGCGCACAGUCUACUGUUUUACAGCCAUGUAUAUUUUAAUGUCAGGAACUUGUAGGUAAAGUUAUUUAGUGGUAGGUAGUAGUCUAGUAAGAGUCUUUCCAAAUCUUCCUGGGUCAAGUUUAGUUUCCUUUUAAUGGCACAUAAAUGGUUUAUAAAUUCUCAUAUACUAAAGUCUUGAUCAUUAACUUAAUGUACUUCUUAAUGUACUGUAUUGUAUGGUAACCAUAAUUGUUUUGAAAGUAACAAUAGAUAACAGUACAAAUACUAUCUCUACAGAGAAAGUGAAAUGUACCUUUAUAUACACAUUCCAGCUUUAUAGGUUGGAGGUGAAGUGAAAGUGCCUUCCUUUUUUAUGCAGAUUCUGCUUACGAGUCAUUCUUGCAUCAUACAGUUAUCAGUAGAGCGAGUACUGCCAUUUAUAGCAUAAUGAAAUUGAAUGUGUGGUUUUACAGCUUCCGUUUCAUCUGUAUGUGUUUAAUGAAAUGACCUACAGCAUAAAAGUAUGGUUAUGGUUUAAUGUUUUUAAUGCGUCUUGAGCAGGACUGUCUCCAGCAUUGAAUUUUUCUCUGUCCCAAUCAUACUGUAAAUGCAUUUAAUUUCGUGGUGGUUUUAAGUUCGCGGUAGCACCAUGCACUGUAGUCCCUUACUGCCAUGGAAAAUUGUUUGCAGCGGUUUUAAGUUCGCAGUGAAGCGGCCACUGAGUAAACAGCGAACGUUAAACCACCGCAAAAGUUUCUGCAUUUGCAGUACUCAUUGUUAUGAGCCCAUGUUUUUUUGUUUUAAUUUUCUUUGUUUAAUGGACAUUUCAUUAAGUUACAUAGAUCCAUUUUCAUCAUUGUCAGGUGUUUUGGACGGUGAAACAAAUUUCUGUCCGGACGGAGUGACAAGUCCUGAAGACAGCCUCGAUCUAGAGUAUACAUCAUUAGGUAGUUUAGGUAUUGACAAAAAGGCCUGCCUUUGAAAACAGGUAUAUAUCUAGAUACAUCAACUGUAACAAAAAUGGACUGUAUCAUGCAUUUAGAUGCUAAUUGCCAUAAUUGUGAGCCAAUAUAAUAUAUAAGAUUCCACAAUCUAGUCCAUAAAACAUUCUGUAACAAACAUUGACCAAAUACCUUACGUUUCAUUCAAACAUUCCUAACAUACAUCACUUUCAUGAACUGCUUGCAUAUGGAAUCAGGCCAUCUUAUGAGUAUAUACUAUGUGUAACAAAUAUUCAUUAUUGUGAUUGCUUAGAAGUGUUUUUUUAUUACUUUUGAAUAAGAAAUAGUCCGUAAGAAAAGUUUUUAAAGAGAGAUGUGUGAUCAAUCAUUAGAUGAAUAUUCUAUGAGAAAUGUUGCAUUUUAAGACUAUUCUUUAAUUUGAAAAAUUCUAUCUAUGCUGCAAGUCUCCAUAGUCUGCCAAUAAACUGCUGGUAAUUUAGUA